AUGAGCGAUAAGGUAAAUGUCCAUAAAAAUGUAAAGAUGAGCUUGUUUCACUCUGGAAUGCUAGACGUUGCCCAAGAGGCAAUUUUAAGUCUUGCAGGCCCACAGGAGGCUCGGCGACGAGGGUCACACCUCCGCUACUUGCCUGCCAUUGUCGACAAAGCCGUAUCGUCCCUUAUCGGCCUGUCACGCGCCCUAAGUGGGUCUACCGAGGCAUUUGAUGGGGCACUUAACGUUUGUCAGGAUAACUGGAAGAAACUUGGUGAGUCGUUAGAGGCUGCCGAUGGUAGCUUUCUUCGAGGCGAAGAUGCUGUGGCCGCUAUAUCGUACACUAACCAUCUCAAUGAGUUCAGAAGGUUAUGGUUACGAUUAUUCGGGGCGACAUAUUCAUCGGGGGGUCGUGCGGAGUUCCCGCCCCACGUGUUUGCGGUACAUUGGUCGGAGGUAAGCACUGCGGCCAACCUGAAGUGGAUGCAGGACGCGAAAGAGGGCUCUCAGCGAACUCUUGCGGAGAUUGAGUUGGGGAAAGCACCGAGUUUCACGUACUUCCUUUAUAUUUUACAACACACCCUCGCAGUGCGGAUCGAGCUCCUGCGGUGCGUGGCUGAGAUAGUGGAGAACUCCUUUCGGUGCGUGAACGUAAUGGUUGCUGUUCGUUACGUGCACAUGGCCCGAACGAUGCAGCGGGAGAUGGCGAAGCAGCAGAAGUUGUGGGAGGAAUUAGGCUUGCUUACUCCGAGUCGCCUUGCGGAACUUUCUCAUUACCACAAUUUUGAGAGUCAGGUGGUCUGCAAAUUUCCGCGAUCUCUGCAGUCGAACUCUACUUCCUCUAAAGCUUUUGCGUUACCCGCCCUGUUCCAUAUGCGGUGUCCAUUCAUAUGGAUAAUGUUGAACAUCGUGUGGGGUCUGCAAAGCCGACUCUCAUUUCUAUUCAGAAACUGCUUAACAUCCUUUUCCCAUAAGAAAGAGCCCACGUCCCGUGAUCGAUUGAAGGGUGGCUCACCGGCCAUCGAUGAGCAGAACAGAGUGGAAAAUGAGUGUCAGAUUCCAUCCUCAAACGUUACACCUUUACCAGAAGGUGAAAGUGUGGCGAAAAGUGAGGGAGAAAAAGAAAAAAAUGCGCGUCAAAACGGUGCAUCAACGAGCGGACCGCCAGCAGCGGUUCGGAAUUCUGGCCGCCAGCUCCGUUUCACCAGCCCCUAUGACUUAUUAAUGGCCGGUUUAGAGGCUUGGCGCGGUAAUUCAUUUCGGCGCCGUAGCGACGACGGUCCGCGUCAGAUACCAGUAAAGUUGACACCACCUUUUGGUUUAUGUUUAUCUCCUGUAUUGGGAUCAGAUUGCGACUUUGUGCUAACGAGGGGCUGCCGGUGCUUGGUGCAAUUGCUUUUGAGUAUAACACGCGAACGAAACGGGACAACUUUCCUCUUAGUGAGCGACUGCACACGGCGACCUGGGAAACGUGCAUGGUACCGGCACCACUACAAUUUUGGUGCUAUCACAUCUAACAUGACAGUUUCUGCAGCCAAGGAACGUUCCAACGGCGGGGGACAGGCCAAUGAAGAUAGUGAAAUGAAGCAGCUGGAGCACUGGGUGGUAAACUGUGUGUUCCCGCAAAGACGGUUAUCCGAUGAUGCGGAAAAGCGCCUUGAGCAGGAAAGGGCGUUAAUCCAAUCUGUAGCACUGCAGGCGCUUAAGUCACCGGGGAGAAGGAUGUACUUUGUUGGCGAUAGUAACUCCGCCUUUUACGUCCUACGGAGUUACGAGGACAUGGAUGGAGGGCGUUUGUACUUUGCUUUGCUUCUUCCACAUUGCAACAAGACACCUAACACAGGCGCGGAGGUAACCGGGUGGGCUUUCAGCGCCAUGGAAACGCUUUGUUCGAUGUGGAGCAUGCCUCAUCUUUCCAAUGUCGCUGUCCGUUUGGCGAUGAGCGGGAUAUAA